AUGGCUACAAAAUGCGCACUGGAAUCGGUUUCUGCUUGCGUAAUAGCAACGAGAGCAAAAUGCGCAGCUGCGCGUCCGAGCAAGCGGCCUAGACCUCCGGGUAGUUCAAACUCAAGAAUAACUUGUAACGUACGCAUCCGCAGUGAUCUGGACACAAAUGCUCCGGUAUUUUUCAAAAACGGACAGUUGGAGUUUCCUUCUCGUGGUGAAUUUGAUUGGAGCCAAAAUGAAACGCAAAUCAGCCGCAGGACACUAUCCAGUGUAACAAUAAACACCAGUUCAGGGUCGGUCGUAGCACCACCACCAUCAGUGCGAUCAAGUGUCAACAAAAAAAACAUAGGAGAUGUUGAAACUACGAAACAUUCCUGUGCAGGAUCCUGGCGACUGAGGCUUAUUGGUUUCAAAAGUAAAAGCAAUUUCCUCAAAUUGUUCGAAUCCUGCGUCGAUGAAGCGAACGAUGCGGUUCUGUACACACACCACCAAUUGUACGGCGCAGAAAUCAAGAGUAAAAGUAUUUCACAACGAAUCGACUUCACAUCGGAAAGUUUCCCAAAUACAGCGAAUCCUCGUACUGCGUACGCCCAAAACGAACAAGCCGACAGACUGGCCAAAUUACUGAAUUCUCCAUCUGCAGCCAAGAAGUAUGUGAACACAACUUCAUUUCUUCAUCGAGGUCACCUGACACCAGAUGGAGACCAGUUGCUCAACACCUGGCAAUGGGCGACUUAAUUCUACAUCAAUGCUGCACCAAUGUGGUCGACAAUUAAUACUGGAAGUUGGAAAAACCUCGAGGACACCGUGCGAGACUUUGCCAGCCGUAAAAAAUGGACUGUGGAUGUUUUCACCGGUACGGAUGGUGUUCUACAGC